CCCAUUGAGACAAAAGAGCUUGAUGAGCCCAGUAGCCCGACCAAUCAGCGGGGCGCGCGGGGGGAGAGGGGGGCUCCCUGCGCAGCCUCGCAUCCCAAUGCUAAUACUAAGAGGAGAGGGGGCCGGCGGGGGCUGUGGCCGACCCUCGCGGGAGCUGGCGUGUCGUCAAGUGCAGCUUGGACGCACCAACCGGGCCCAUUUUACUCAGAAAGAUUCAUAAGCAUCCAAGCAGUAUGGUUAGGAAGUGCAGAGCCAAGUGCUCACACUCAAGUCAUCAAGUCUGACUUCAAAGACUGCCCCAGUUUGUUCCAUCAGUCCCCAGUUGUCUUCAGCAUGAAGGAGCAGAACCACUCUGCUGGGAAGGAACUUCAGCACAGGACACGAACAGAAGCUCCAGGAAUGAAAAGCUGGAACUCCCAGGCCUACACUCUUGGGGCCAUUUCCAACUUUAUGUCUACUUUUCUGACUUUUCCCAUCUAUAAGGUUGUGUUCCGGCAGCAGAUCCAUGCUGUGGCAGUGUCAGAGGCUGUGAGACAGCUUUGGCAUGAAGGCCCUCAAUACUUCUACAGGGGAAUCUACCCCCCUCUUCUUUCUAAGACAUUGCAAGGGACUCUACUGUUUGGGACUUAUGAUAGUUUGCUCGGCUCUCUCUCCCCUGUUGGGCCACACUCUCUGAGACACCGCUGGGCUGCAGGACUCAUGUCUGGUGUAGUGGAAGCUGUGGCACUCAGCCCCUUUGAAAGAGUACAAAAUGUGCUCCAGGAUGGUCGAAAACAAGCUCGCUUCCCCAGCACCUUCAGCAUUCUCAAGGAAUUCAACUCUUAUGGGUUUUGGGGGCGGCUGUCACUGGGCUAUUAUCGUGGUUUCUGGCCUAUCCUUGUCAGGAACAGCCUGGGGAGUGCUCUCUAUUUCUCUUUUAAGGAUCCCAUCCAGGAUGGCUUGGCAGAGCAAGGCCUGCCCCAUUGGGUUCCUGCCUUGGUAUCUGGUAGUGUCAAUGGAACAAUCACUUGCCUAGUUCUAUAUCCUUUGAUUGUGCUAGUUGCCAAUAUGCAGUCCCACAUUGGCUGGCAGAGAAUGCCAACCCUGUGGGCCUCUGUGCAGGAUGUGUGGGACACUCGGGGUCGAAAGGUACUCCUGAUCUACCGAGGAGGCUCUCUGGUCAUCCUAAGGUCCAGCGUGACAUGGGGUCUCACUACUGCUAUCCAUGACUUCCUGCAGAAGAAGUCUCACUCCAGAAAAGAGCUGAAAGACUGAUUAGCUGUAGGCAGUAUGGUCGUGGCAUCUUGGUUCUUCUAAAUCUUUCCCGGUUGGUUCCUAUAUAGCUUCCUUCUUUAGGCUUGGUUACCUAACACAGGUAUUCUUUAACAUCUGCCAACUGUCAUUGCAUGGGAAAAGUUCCCAACUAUCAUCCUAUUGGGCACAAACAAAUCCUAACAACAUUCCUUGGUCAGAAAGAGAAAGUUACUCCAGUCUAUCUAUCCAGAGCUUCAAUAGCCUCAGAGCCAGGCGGCCCUUAAAUAACUAGGAACCCAGAUUAAAUGCCAUUCCUUUAAGGGAUUCCCUAAUAAAAGGAACCUUUAUAAGGUGACCUUACUCAGGCAUUUUGAGUUUUUGUACCCCUCCACGUAUCCUCCAGACCAAACUGAGCAGGACUCCAAUUUCAAAAAACUGUUCUUGACUCUGAGGACUCCAUAAAACUUCUCAGAUGGCUACAUUUUCAUGAUGUUGUUCAGUACCCCUCUCAUAAUCACUCUCACAUCUUCAGAUUAUAGGUCCUAGUUGCAGGGUAGCAGCUGUGACUGGAAAUCCUAAAUUUGGCUUGUUUCACUCAUUGGGUGCCAUAAGAACUGGUGGGGCUGGAGUUGGGAAUAAGAAGAAAUGUGGCCCCUGGAUAUAAAGAAUAAAGACUUUGAAGCAUGACAUUUAAUUACAUGCAAAAACAGAAAAUUUUUUUAUAGAUUGCUUAGUGUUAUCUGCUAGGACUUUUUUGCUGGCAAGAUUAUUUCCUUGCCCAGAAACUGCUUCGGUUUCCCUAAGAAAUCUGGAAGUGAAAUGACCAUAUCGCUUCAUAAAUAACUGUGUAUUUUGUUGAUGUGGAUAUAGUUACUAUGACACAAAGAUUAGAAAUCUUAAACUGACUUUCAGAGCUAUUCAAAAUAUGGUCCGUCCCCAUGUAAUUUUCAACAUAUUAUCACAUCACUCCCACUCACAUGGACCCCAGACAUCAACCAAAUUGAACUAUUGUUCUCUCUCCAAAUGUGCCAUGAACUUAUCCAUCACAAUACUUUGACUCAUACUAUCCUCUGCACUUGCACUGCUCCUUCUUUUGACCAGUCUGCCAAAAUCUUCCGGUUCCCUAAAGUCUAGUCCAGAUCCCACAUUCUCUAUGAGCCUUUUCUCUAUUUUACCCAACAAAAUGUUACAUUUGUCUCUUACAUCAACAUGCCACUGAUUCCAUUAUGUCAUUGAUCCAUGUGGCGUUGUGUUCUUGAUGUUUUUCAAUACCUCCUAGUAUACUGUAACAAUCUUUGAAAGCAGGGAUUGGUAUAUGCAUUUUUAAAUCCUCCAUUGUGCCUAGGUGCUCAAUAAUGUUGGCAAAUUUUGGAAUUGAUUAUCAAGCUGUGAUAUGGUCUAUAUCCUCAGGGUGUUGUCCCUUCUACAUGAAGAUAAUGUUACUGACUCAUUGUCAGCAAGACAUAUGCCUUUGGGGGUAUGUUUUGUUUUCUUUUAAUAGUGGGUUAAUUUUAUGCUAAUGAUAAUAAUGCCAAUAAUGAUAAUACUAAUAAUAAAAAUUAAUUUCAACUGGAACAUUUGAUGAGUGUAUUAUUGAUGGCACAUUUGCUCUUAGAAGAACUUUAAGAACUGAAAUUUCACAAACAGAAUCACAUUGCAUAGCUAGUCCAUUCAUUUCAACAUUGUAAUUUUUAGUAUUUUAAGUUGA